AUGCUAAAAUAUUACAAAGAUAUCGAAAAAAUAAUAUUAACAUGCAAAAAAAUAGGAUGUACACAAAAAAUAGUGCAAUAUUCUGUUUCUAUUUUUAAAUUAUAUGUGAAUAAUUCUAAAGAUGAAGAUGUUGAUUCUGUUAUUGCAGCAUCUAUUUUAUUGGGAUGUAAAAUAUCUAAUUAUAUAAUUGACAUAAAUAGACUUACAAAGAAUAAAAGUAAAGUUAUAGAAAUUGAAUUUGAUAUCUGUAAAGUUCUUGAUUUUGAUUUUAAUCAAGAAGAUAUUUAUACUAAAUUGGUGUGUUAUCUAACAAAGUACAAUAUAAGUCAAGAUGUAGCACAAUAUGUAUGGAUUUUUAUAAAUGAUAGUGUUUUUAUUGAUGUAUCAAAAUAUGAUUAUGAUAGUAUAAUAUUAGCUUGUAUCAAUUUAGCGUGUUUAGUUUUUGAUAUUGAUAAUAAAAUAGAAGUAAAUAAUAGUGUAAAAGAAAUUAUGAAUUCUAUUUUGUGCGUUUAUGAAAAAAAUUAA